GUUCCAUUAACCUUCAUUAAGUGGGGCAUCCCCCCGGCUGAGCUGCAGGGCUGCAGCGCAGGGCUUCCUCUGGGUGAUGCCUGUCCCCACUGCGCGGCUGCUGGAAGGAGCUGGCAGCAAUGGCAUUCCUCACCAGCACAACCAGCAGCAGCCUGCGCUGAAGGGAAGCAGGCAGUGAAGCAGGGAGCAGCACUUCCAACCCAGGAGCUGGCUGCGGGGAGCUUGGGAGCAGCACUUCCAACGGGAGAGCUGGACUUUGCAUCCGAGUCCUAACAUCAACCAGAAAGAAAUCUCUCAAGAUUGAGUCUUUUUCAGUAAAGAAAAGGUAAAAUGGCGUCAAUGUUGCUUAGUCGACAGCUUACCUGUUGCCUGCAGCAAAACUCCAGACUGCUGGUAUUUGGACACAGGUAUAUCAGUCAAGCUGCAGCUAAAAUUGAUGUGGAUUUUGAUUAUGAUGGACCUCUGAUGAAGACAGAAGUUCCUGGACCACGAUCUAGAGAAUUAAUGAAGAAGCUGAAUGGCAUUCAGAAUGCAGAAGCUGUGCACUUCUUUUGCAAUUAUGAAGAGAGCCGAGGGAACUACCUCGUAGAUGUAGAUGGCAAUCGUAUGUUGGAUCUCUACUCUCAGAUUUCUUCCAUCCCAAUAGGUUACAGCCAUCCCUCUCUGAUCAAGCUUUUACAGCAGCCACAGAACCUGAGCACUUUUAUCAACAGACCUGCCCUAGGGAUUUUACCUCCAGAGAAUUUUACAGAAAAACUGAAGGAGUCUUUGCUAUCAGUGGCUCCUAAGGGUUUGUCACAGGUGAUGACCAUGUCUUGUGGAUCCUGCUCUAAUGAAAAUGCCUUUAAAGCAAUAUUCAUGUGGUACAGAAACAAGGAGAGGGGCCAUAAUAAUGUCACAAAAGAAGAACUGGAAUCUUGCAUGAUUAACCAGCCCCCUGGCUGCCCUGACUACGCCAUGCUCUCCUUCAUGGGCGGCUUCCAUGGCAGGACCCUGGGUUGCUUAGCUACAACUCACUCUAAAGCAAUUCACAAACUGGACAUUCCCUCACUGGAUUGGCCUAUUGCUCCAUUUCCAAGGCUAAAGUAUCCCCUGGAAGACUUUGUGAAAGAGAAUCAACAGGAAGAAGCCCGUUGUUUAGAGGAGGUGGAAGACCUGAUUGUAAAGUACAGGAAAAAGAAGAAGAUUGUGGCUGGAAUCAUUGUGGAACCGAUACAGUCAGAGGGUGGGGACAAUCAUGCUUCAGAUGACUUCUUCAGAAAGCUGCGAGAUAUUGCCAGAAAGCAUGGCUGUGCUUUCCUGGUGGACGAGGUGCAGACGGGAGGUGGCUGCACAGGAAAAUUCUGGGCACACGAGCACUGGGGCCUGGAUGACCCAGCUGAUGUGGUAACAUUCAGUAAGAAGAUGAUGACAGGAGGAUUUUUCCACAAAGAGGAGUUCAGGCCAAACGCUCCCUACCGGAUUUUUAACACCUGGCUUGGAGAUCCAUCCAAGAACCUCAUGCUUGCUGAAGUCAUUAAGGUUAUUAAAACGGAAGACCUUCUAAACAAUGCAACCCACGCUGGGAAAGCACUACUGACUGGGCUGUUGGAUUUGCAGGCUCGUUACCCCCAUCUCAUCAGCAGAGUGAGAGGAAGAGGAACAUUCUGUUCGUUUGACACUCCAAAUGAUGCAACUAGAAACAAGUUAAUUACAAUAGCCAGAAACAAAGGUGUUGUCCUGGGAGGCUGUGGAGACAGAUCCAUCCGUUUUCGUCCCACGCUGAUCUUCAAGGACCACCACGCACACCUCUUCCUGAACAUUUUCAGUGACAUCUUAGCAAACUUCAAGUAAAAAGCAGUUCCCUUGCACUGAACAGCUGAUUAUGAAAUUAGUUUGCAUUAAUUCAUGUCUUCUCUACUUACAAGAUAAGUGUAAAGUCAUAAACUGAGGUUUGUGUUCUGUCUGUAAUCCUGCCCAAGGCAAGAUGCUCCAUGCACACAUGCCCCAGGCAGAGCAUUGGCACUGGUCACCAGCAGGUACAUGCAGCUGUCCCUCACUGUGCAUCCCCAGAACCUCCCUCUUCUGGCCUGGGCCAUGUUAACUGCAGAGUCCUCCCUACAGCCAUGUCCCUGACUCUGCACUGUCUGAGCAGGACCUGGAACAGUCUGUUUCCACAGGUGGCCCUGGUAGAUUUGCAUCCAGAAGCAGCAAGUGUGGCCAAACACUGAGAGCCACACGCCUGCCACACAGAGUGCCAUUCUCUAAUGGCAGCUGGAAUCAAAUCAGUGUUUCAAGGAGAGCUCUGCUUUCCACCACUGCCAAGCACAGUAUUUUACAGAAUAACUUCCAGCUUUAUUCCCUCGAGUACAGGCAUCUGCCACACCAACUGCAUCAGGGCAGUUCUGCCCAGCCUGCACUCACUGCUUCACAGGGCACUGGUGCCCCCAGCCACACCUACAGCGCUGCAGGUGGCACUGAAGCCCUUGUCCUUUUGUCCUCAUCACGGAUGGGUUUUAAAACUUUUGACUUCUCUUACAAGCAGACUUGUACAGAGAAAACUCUACCCUGAAGUAUGUAAUUUGACAAAGCUUAGAGAACCAUGCAAAGCACAUUCUUCCACUUCUGCCAGCAGUCUAGAAUGAUUCCAGAUAAUUUUACUAUUUGCCCAGAACACACAAUAGCCAUUAAUUUAUCUAUUAUAACUUCUACACGAAUACUUGAGGUAUUUUGUAAAACUAAAGCAGAAAUGCCAUUAUCUGGUAUCAGAGACACUACAGUGAAGGCCUAGUCCUGACUGCACAUUUAUAAUGCAAAGUAAUUCUAUUUUUGUUCUAAUAGUAUAUUCUAAGUCAUCAAUACUUCAGAGAUCUUCUAGAAAGCCACAGGAUCAAAAAAUGUGUCAACAGUUCAUUACUUUGUUUUUCUUCAGAGAAUUGUUUUGGAUGUCUCUUUACUGUUUGCUGAAGGCUGACUUGAACUAGAUCUGGUGCCUUUCUUUUUAUUUUUCUUGGUGAGCAUCUGGAUUUUGUUUACUAAGUUUAACUUUUUGUUGUGCACCAAAAAACAGGGACCACAAUGGACUUUUACGGUUGCCCUUUCAGGAUCUGACCACAAUUUUUAAGUGCAUAAUAAGAAACAGAGAAGUUAAAAUAUUUACAUGUUUAAUACAGCUACCAAAAUGUGAAAAGGUUCCUUACCUGCUUUGAGACGUGUUCAUCAUUCAGUGGUUUUCCCAUUUUAAAGUACUGGUAUUGGGGAACUCAAUCACAGUCACUUCUGCCAGCUUAAACCCAUUGGGAUUUCUGUAAACCUCUGCAGAAAGCAGAAUUCUGGUGCCAGCUGAGCAGGUUUUUGAAGAGAGGUUGUAGAAAUCUGGGGGAAGGACUGGUAAAAAUUGGUGUUCAACAAAACUCCAUUGUCAUCACUGUCCUCGUAAGUGUAUUAUCAGCAAAAGGAAAGUCAAACCAAGAACUGGAUUUGACAGCAUUUUGGGAAUUAGUUUGUUCAACAUAUCAGUGCAGUAGUUUUAGUGAAUGUCUCUAGCAAGUCUUGUACUUUUACAGAAGCAAAGGUCCAGUAAUUUGAAGUCUUACCACAUCUUCACUUUUAUUAUGACUACUCUAGGUGUUUUUAUAAUUUUUACUGACACUCAGUAACUGUAUAAUUGUGUACAACAUGUUGAUGAAAUCGUUAGAGAAUACAUAGAAAGCACUGCAGCUGAAGUAUAUAAAGUUAAUAUUGUUUACAGCAUACUGUAGACAGUGCCAAAUAAAUGUUUAAACAAAUACUUAAGUACACUUCAUGGUGUAACUAGUAACUGUACACAGAUUCAUAACAAAUGACAUCAAUCAUGUGUAAUCAAUAUUCUUAAAUAAAAUAUUUAUAAUUGAA